AUGGUGUGGCUCCUAGAUCAAGAGUAUGACAGGGAUCACUGGGCUUUUCAUAUGACGGAGAGGAAAACGGAUCUUCACCCUUUGAAGAUUCGUUACCAUGGCACAGUGGAUAUGGCGUAUGACGAGAGGUACACGGAGUUCAUCCAGCCUACCGGUCUUCUCUCGUUCAUAUCGCUUGUAAGCCGUGGGGGGCCGAACAUGAACGCCGCGGCACUCACCGCCCUUGUCGACCGGUGGAGGCCGGAGACGCACACCUUCCACUUGAGGGCCGGCGAGAUGACCCCUACUCUUCAGGAUGUUUCCAUGAUACUUGGACUUCCUAUUAAGGGCGACCCACUGUGUAUGAACACAGCUUCUGAUGGGUGGCGCCAGCAGAUGGAGAACCUUAUUGGCAUGGCUCCUCCGCCGCCAGAAGAUCCAAAGGCGAGAGCUCCCGCCGGUGCAGCUUUCUCUUGGAUUAGGCUUAACUUUGGACAAUGCCCGCAAGGGGCCAACCAGGACACUCUCAGGACGUACACCCGCGUGUACUUAUGGUACAUGAUUUCGAGGACUCUCUUUGCUGACAGUGGUGGGAAGCUGGCCCAUUGGUGUUGGCUCAAGGCGCUUACGGUGUUGGAGCACCAGUGGAGUUGGGGAGCAGCGGCACUUGCCUACCUCUACCGGCAGGUGAUGAUUUGUUGUAUGUACUAUUCUUAUAUAGUAGUGUGCUAG